AUGUUUAUAAAUUAAAUUACAUCGUAAUAGUAUUUAAAUAAAUGUAUGUAGAAAUAAGGUCAACAAACAUUUGAUUAUAAAAAUCUGUGGUUUUUUUUACUGAGAAUAUCCAUAGAUAUCGUAUUAUGCAAUAUUCUGUUUACGAGUGUCCUAGAUUAAUUUUAUAUAAUGAUAUUGUUUUUUUUUAUAAUUUUAAUAAUUUGUCGUAUUAGUUUUUAAUACGAUCGACGAGUAUUGAAUUCACAUUCGUUGGCCGUACACAUAAGUCAAUGGAAGUCUCGUAUGCACUCUCCCUUUUAACAUAAAUAAUAUUUUAUUUUAUAAUUUACAAUUAUUGUUUAUUUACAUUUUUAAUUCAAAUGAAAAUCUUUGUAAGGUUUUAAUUUAUUUAAUAUUUUUAAUUAUAAAUACGUUUUAAAAUGUUGAAUUUAUUUAUUAUAUUUUUUUCAAUAACAUAUUCUUAUGGAUUUAAUACAAACAGUUCUUCAGAAUUGAUGAUGUUUAUGAAUCUGAUUCCAAAAGGUGGAGAUUUGCAUAACCAUUUAUCAGGAGCUUUAUUUUUUGAAGAUUAUGUGAAUAUCUUUAAUAAAUUAAACUAUUGUAUAGAUAAUAGUACAUUUCAAGUAAGUAAAAAUUAUUCUAAUAAUUGUAAACCUUUUAAAGAUUUGGAUACAAAAAUGUAUAAUGAAAUUCGUAAAAGAUGGUCGAUAUUAGAUAAUAAAUAUAAAAACGAAAAUUUAAAAAAUUUUUUUAAAAUUUUUUAUUAUGUAAGAUUUCCUUUAGAUUGUUUUAAAGAAGCUUUAUUGAUUGUAAAAUCAAGGGCUAUAAAUGAGAAUGUACAAUACAUAGAAUCUAUGUUAGACAUGCGUUCUAUUAUAGAUGUAGAUGAUUCAAAAAAUAUAUCAUUUGAUUUUAAUAAUAUUAAUAUUUUAAUGAAAAUGUUUGAUAAUGACAGCGUAAAACAAUCUAAUAUUGAUCAAGCAAUAACAACAAUAAAUAAUUUUAAUAUAAGUGAUAAUUAUUUUACCGUAAAAUAUUUAAUUUUAAUAAGCAGAACUUUAAAUCCAUAUUUAUUUUUUGAACAAAUUUACUACGCAUCAAAAAUAUACAAUAAAUCAGAAGAAGUUGUAGGUGUUAAUGUUGCAGGCCGGGAAGAUAAUAAAUAUUCAUUUAUAAAUUUUGAUAUACAGAUGAAAAUUAUUAAAUAUUUUAAAGAUAUAUUUAAUUUAAAAGUAUCUAUACAUUCUGGAGAACUUACUAAAAAAAUAACUAAACCAGAAAAUUUAAAUCAUAUUCAUAAUUCUAUAAAUAUUGCUCACAGAAUAGGUCAUGGUGUUGAUAUAAUGUAUGAACCAGAUCCAAUUAAUAUAAUGAAAACAAUGCGAGAUAAAAAAAUUGCAGUAGAAAUAAACUUAUCAAGUAAUGAGUUUUUAUUAGGAAUAAAACCAAUUGAUAAUCCUAUAAAACUUUAUAUGAAAAAUGGAGUUCCUGUUGUUUUAUCAAGUGAUGAUCCUGAAUUGAAAGAUGUAAUAUACAAUGGAAUACUUUAUAGUUUUUUAAAUGAAAAAGAUAAAAAAGAACAACUGAUUAUUUUAGAUAUAAAAUUUAUUGAGUUUGAAUACAAAUUAAAGAAUUAUAGAAUUUAAAUUUAAAAAAAUAUUUAUUGUUUUUUUAUUAUUAUAAAUAAUAUUUGUAUAAUUAAAAUUAAUUGCAAGAAUUUAUUUAAAUACAUACCUACGAAUACAGAAACAAUUAACCCUUUACUGUUUGAUUUAUUUAUUAAAAUAUAUAAUUUUUAAAAAAUGUUUCUCUUACCAAAAUAAUACUAAUAAUAAUCGUAAUUUUAAUCUUAAUAAAACAGCUGUAUCGAAAACAGUGUAUAAUACCUACUUAGAUAACUAAAGGGAUUAUUACUACAAUAAAAAUACGUUAUAAAUUAAUUAGAAAAAAAGAUUUUUAGGAUUGUUUUACAAAUUAUAAAUUAAACAUUAAAUAAAAAUCUUACGUGAAAAUUACUAUACAAAACAAAUUGAUAUAAUUAAUAAAAAAAAUCCCAAAAUACAAUGGGAACUGCUCUGCAAUUACUUGAAAAUUAAUAAAAAGAAAACUGUUUUCGACAUUGAUGAUUGUAACCUAUAAUCAUUAUGUAAAUGUAGGUCCUAAUCUUGUUUCUAAAAUAUCUUUUAUGAAUACCAAGAUGAAAACAAAAAGCAAUUGUUUUGUUAAAUCUAUUUAUUUCGAACCAAUUAUACCUAUUAAAAUUAUUAACAAUAUUAAUUCUCUUAAAAAUAAUAUCGCCACAGGUUCCGAUAAAGUUCGUGUGGAGUUUUUAAAAUCCAAACAAAAAAUAAUCUCUAAUCCUUUAUCGUGUAUAUUUAACUUAUUUAUUGAAAAAAAUAUUUUUCUAGUGAAUUUAAACUCACCGAUAUUAUAUCAAUAUAUAAAAAUGUUGAAAACAAGUUAGAUCUGAAUACUUAUCGUCCAAUUUCGUUAAUAUCUAAGGUUGUUAAAAUUUUUAAAAAUUGUAUUUAUACAGGAACAAUAAAUUUCUUAAAUAAAAAUAAUAAACUUUCUAGUUAACAAUUUGGUUUUCGAGAAAGAAAGAACACAGAAGACAUAAUACCUAAAUUAAUUUCACACAUAAAAAUUAAUGAAAAAUAUAAGCUUGUUGUUUUCUUAGAUUUAAAAAAAGCAUUCAACACUGUCGAUCACGAAAUAUUGCGAUUAAAAUUGCAUAAUAUAGAAAUAAGAAGAAUUGCUCACAAUUUACUUCAAUCUUAUUUAUAAAAUCAAACAUAUGCAAAACAAAAUCUAAAAAAAAUUAAUUACUUGUGGUGUUCCGCAUGGUGCAAAUCUUGGUCCAAAUUUAAUAUAAAGGAUAUUGUUUCCGUGUAUGACCUGUUAAAUCACAGAUUGAAAAAAGAUUUUAUGAAAUUGAUUAUAAUAUUAAUAUUAUAAUAUAAUAUUGCAAUAUUUUAAAGUAUUUACAUGUUAUUAGUAUAUUAAUUGUUCAUGUGUCGCUUAAUAUAUAAUUAUUGAACUAUGAAUUUAUAUUAAGCUAUUUUAGUUUACUCUAUAACACUCGAUAAACGGAGUAUUACAUCACAUGAUAUCUACGGAUAUCCUCAGUAAAAAAAAACCACAUGGAUAUUUAUAAUCAAAUGUUUGUUGACCUUCACUUAUUUCUACAUACAUUUAUUUUAAUACAUUUAAAUAAUAAUAAUAGAUAUUUCAAGCUCCAAAUCAUCAUAUUCGGAAACAACACUGUAUUUUAUAGAAUCUGCAUUAAUGUGUUUAUCUAAAAUAGUAAAGUGGGCACUAACAUUAUUUAUUUUUAACAUGUAGGUAAUACAUUUUUUUUGGGAUUCUAGUAAAAAAUGGAUUUUAUUAUAAAUGUAAUCUAGGAGAUUUACAAGUUUUAUACGUUUAAUUUAAAUUGCGUAUAGGGUCUUGAAAAUAAAAUAAUUUUUUGGAACAAUCGUAUGAUAAAUUUCGAUAGCAGGGAUGAUCUAUGUACUCUUUAUCUUUAUUUUUAAAAUCUAUAUUUAUAUUUUAUUUCUUUUCAAAAUUUUUAAAUACAAACUCAAUUUUUGAAUGUCUACAUUUUGUUAGUGUAACUAACCCGAAUUAUUGUCUUAAGAAUAUUAACAAAAAUAUAAGACAUGUUGGUAUAUACUACAACUAAUAACGAUUCUGAAUUAUUACCACUUUCCUAUAAACGGAAAAGCUAAAGGUGUGUUGGAGUGUUACUCAAUAUAUCUACUCUAUAAACGAGUAUCUGUAUAUGUUAAGUAGUAAACGUUAUUAAUAAUAUUAUACUUACGGAACGUGGACAUUCAAAAAUAUUAUGUAUAAAUGCAUUGGUUAUUACUUAUUUUAUAAAAUUUUAUUUUCAAGAAGAAAAUCUCUCAGAAUAUAACUAUUGUACACAUGCAACUAUAUACAU